CCACUCCUUCUCCUUUACUUCUCUCCCACAGCGUUCUCUCUCUAGACUUUGAGGUGGUGAAGAGACGAGGAGUAAGAGGAGCAGCAGCAGAAGAGAAGAUGUUGUUGGGAAAGAGGCCACGUCCUCCUAUGAAGAGAACGACAAGCAUGACUGAGUUCACUCUUGAUCCGAACAGCGUUCAACAACCACCUUCUGAUUCACAAAACCCCUUCAAGGAUCGCCCCAAAUCAGUUGGAUUUGGAGGUGACCCGUAUAGACAGCCCAGUGGCGUUGAUGGAUAUGGAUUCGAUCAUCGCUUCUUGUCCGCGGUCUCACCCAGGAAUCCUAGGCGUUACUCCGCUGAUUUCGUCGACAACUCUCACUUCUUGAGAGCAUGCUGCCUCUGCAAGCGCCGCUUGGUCUCUGGCCGUGACAUCUACAUGUAUCGGGGUGAUAGCGCUUUCUGCAGUCUAGAGUGCAGGCAACAGCAAAUGAACCAAGACGAAAGAAAAGAGAAGUGCUCAUUAGCUUCAAAGAAGGAAGCCACAGCAUCCACCGCCGGAUCCGAAGGCGAGACGGUAGCCGCCAUUUGAAGGCACACCGGGGAAAAGGGAUUUAUAUCUAAGCUAUAGAUAUGGUGUGGGUUGCAGUUACCUCUGUAUGCAAAUUGGGCAAGUUUUGAAACCAGUAUUAUUUCAUGUGGUCCAAGUCCAAACGUAUAUACCACUUCAACUCGCUGUACUUCUUCCUGGUUUCUUUCCUGUUAAUCGCGAUCUUGGUACUAAUGGAAGAAAUUAAAUUCCCGAUUUCACAAGUCCCA